AUGGCACUAACGGCACUAACAUCCCGUUCUUUUCCAGUUAGCUUUCCUAUGGAUACCGGUAGAAACACGAUAUUCGGAAGACCAAAACAACCUCGAGUUGUUUCAAUCCGUCGUGCUGCAAAUUAUCCAAACAUAUUUGCAAAAAUCCUAGAAAAAACCGAGUCCAUGGGAGUUCCAGUUCCAACGGUUCUAACCACCGCAGCUUCGGUGGCCGAAACUGCAAUGUUGGCUCGAUCUUUAGCCCAAAACUAUUUGCCUCCUGAAGUGCGACAUUACAUCUCUUAUGAAGUCCGCAGCUUCGUUAAACGCUCCAUGGUUCAUUACUUUAGUUCCUCUCACAUGACAAUAACCAUCGAAGAGUUUGAAGGGUAUAGACACAACGAAGUUUUUGAUGCUGCAAAGGCUUAUGUAGCCACCAAGAUCUCUCAAUCCAACAAAAGAAUCAAAGUUAGUAAACACGAGAAAGAAAACAACUACAACGUCUCCGUAGAACGUGAUGAACAAGUUGUGGACGUUUUCAACGGCGUCCAGUUCCAAUGGGUCCUCCGUUGCCAACAUGUUGGGUCAAAGAAUCAGUACUCAAAAGCCGGGUCCAAUGUCAGAUCAUUCCAGCUCAGCUUCGACAAGAGAUUCAAAGACACAGCUCUUGAAUCUUACUUGCCAUUUAUGGUGAAAAGAUACACGUCAAUGAAGCAAGAGAAGAGGAAACUCAAGCUAUUUACUCUCGACGCAGGUUCUUGGUAUUCAGACAACUGGACAUCUGUUACUCUUGACCAUCCUUCUACUUUCAAGACAUUAGCAAUGGAUGCUGAUGUCAAGAGAAGUGUGAUGGAAGAUCUUGACAAGUUUGUGAAGCGCAGCGAGUACUAUAAGAGAGUUGGUAAGGCUUGGAAGAGAGGGUACUUGCUAUAUGGGCCACCAGGGACAGGGAAGUCUAGCUUGAUCGCAGCCAUGGCUAACCAUCUCAACUUCGAUAUUUAUGACUUGGAGUUGACUGCUGUUAGAGACAAUUCUGAGCUGAGAAGAUUGCUGAUUGACACUGGUAAUCGUUCAAUUCUUGUGGUGGAAGAUAUUGAUUGUUCCAUCGAGUUGAAUAACAGGACAACUGAUGAUGAACCAAAAAGAAACAAGAAAGUGACACUCUCUGGACUACUGAACUUCACUGAUGGUUUAUGGUCAAGCUGCGGGGACGAAAGGAUCAUAAUAUUCACAACUAAUUACAAAGAGAGACUAGACCCGGCCAUGUUGAGGCCAGGACGUAUGGAUGUGCACAUUCACAUGUCGUAUUGCACGCCGAGUACUUUCAGGGCUCUUGCUUUGAACUAUCUAGAGAUCAAAGAGCACCCUCUUUUCAGCAAGAUCGAGGAAGGUGUUGUAGCGACAGAGGUUACUCCAGCAGAUGUAGCUGAACAGCUUAUGAGGAAUGAGUCUGUUGAUAGUAUUCUUGAGGGGUUGGUUGAGUUCUUGAAAGCCAAGAAGAUCAAGAACGUACUAGAUAAAGCCAAAACAGAGGAGGAGGAUUUGAAGAACCAACUAAAAGAGUCGGAGAACAAGAAAAAGACCACUAAGGGGAAAGAUUCAAAGGUCAAGAAAAAUGGAAGAGGUUGA